CAAACAACUCUCACUAGAAUAUUAACCGGCUUAAUAGAGUGAAAAAAUGCUCACAUUUCUCACCGAAGUAAUUUUAGUACUUAAGUUAUAAUAAUAUAGUAUAAUAUAUAAUAAUCGUUAAGUUGUAAUCUUGCAUUUUGCAAUUAUGUAUAUUGUGAGUGUUAUAGGAAAACCCCCAGCAAAAAAGGUGGUAUUGGUUGGGAUUACCUGUUCGGGUAGCUGAAUAAUUUAGCCGGGUAUGGUCGAUGGAUUAACAGAAGGGAAUUGAGCUCAAUCAGCUUACUUUUUGUACAUACUCCGUUUCCUUCUCACUUUGAUGCAUCUUCAUCGUUAUCUUUCUAUCUUGUUUCAGUCAUGAUGGUAUAUGUGUGCCAUUACCCAGGUGUGUGUGUGCAUUUUCUUUUCCAAGCUUCUUCGUACAUAUUUUUUUUCUAGUGCGCGCUCUCGCUUUCUCUCUUCAGUUUUAUGCGCAUUCUUCGAUCCGUGUGGAUCGCGGUAUUAACGUUGCUGUUGAUGCUGUUGUUGCCGUUGAUGAGAGGUCGAGCGCCUUGGUAACUGUAAACACGCCAAGAAAGAAGAAAGAAGAAAGCAAACCAAAGAAGUGGGUCAUGUUAUAAAAAGGCAAGUUCAAGGCAAUGCGUCUUUUAGACUUGCUGUGAAGUUCGCGCAGAAAAGAACGCAGUGGUGCAUACAACGUCUAACGAUCAAAGGAAGAGAUCGUAUUAUCAAUAACAACAAAAAAAAACAUAAAAGAAAGAUGAAUCACAAAAUGGGACUAAAUACGCUGCUUUUGGGUCUCGUGUUAAGUAAUCUGGUGAUCUGUACCUGGGCAUAUCCGCAACAAUACCAGCAACACACCGUGGAGCAGAGAAAGUUUGCGGAAAAACCGAACGCCAUUAAGAAAGUGGCUCUCGACGAUAUCGAUGAGAUACAGACCAACCAGAUACAGGAAGGUGGCUUUUCAUGGUCCAAUAUGCUGGGGCUGCUGAUGCAAAUGAUCUUCAACGGAGGGGGAGGUGGUGGUGGAAACGUACCGACCAAGUCCGACGACAUUGAUAACGGUGUGUCAUCGUUCGGCCAGUCGCCAUGGGCGAAUGUGAUUUCGGUUGGAUUGAAGAUUAUCACUACCCUGCUUGGCGGCGGUGGUGCUGGCGAUGGCAUUGAUAAGGUUGACAAUGGUGGAUCUCCGAUGCAGAACGUUCUAGCUGCAGUAUUCACAGCCAUGUUUGGCGCCAAAGAUCCGGACCAAGUAAAUACGAUGGCAAAACAGGCUGGAGAGUUCAUUAAUAUUGUCGUAAAUCUGCUGGAUGCUCUGAAGACGUCAUUUUCACAUCGCUCGCUAACCGCACGGAACCUCGGGAAAAAGGACGUGAUCAGCGAUGCCACCGUAGCCAGUUUGAGCAUGAUGAAGGGCUAUGUACGCAGCACGCGCAAUGCCGACGAUCGUUGCAUGCAAAAGUUUCUCUGUGAAGCAAAUAUCGACUGCAUGGGAGCGAUUGGUGGCUCAAGCAUAUUCUGUCAACUAGGAUCCUAUGCUACAAGCUACAUCCUAGAGCGACAGACAGGUAAAUCGUUUGAAAGCUUUUAUGAGGCAGGAAGGAAUGGACGCUCUGGAUUCGAUUGCCGACAGUUGUACUUGGAAUGCAACGAAGUAUAAAUUAAUGCGUUUUGUUCGAAGAGUGUUAGUAACAAAAAGGAAAUCACUAGGUGAAUGAGAAACAUACACACUUGAUCUACACUCAUAAUAAGACAAAACUUCAACUGUCCAAGAUCGAUGGGAACGAUGGCAACACAUGUUACGUGGAUGUCUACCGUCGAACUCGAUAAGCCAACAUGUAGCUUUUAACUUUAUAUAAUAUGUAGUAUUAAUGUGAAAUUUUUGUGUCCGUAUUAUUUAUACUUAUUUAUAUUUCUGUCUUAUUUAUUUGGCUCGAGCUACCAAGUAUUCAGAGUGUUAUAUUUUUAUUGUAUUUUCAAUUUCAAUCAGUCUUUCCUUAGCAACUAGUAAAGUAUGUCAAACUUUGCUUCCAUUCUUUGAUUCGUCACUUAACACAUGAAUAAGUGAUAAAAGUAAGAUUUAAAAUUAAAUAAUUCAUGCGUACAUGUUUCCAUCCGUCACAAGAUCCUACAAGACAUCAAAGGGACACUGUAUUGUACCAACUGAAAAUGACGAAAUGUAUUGUUGAAGAAAUGGCAAAUGUGUCUUUAACAUGCAAACAAUCAUGAUUUGACUGUGCAACCUUGAACAUUUGUAAACAAUUCGCAGCAAAAUAAAGACACAUCAAGAGGUUUGAAACAAAA